UGGUAAGGUGAUAUCUGGUUUUGCAAAGGCAUACGCUAUUGAGGAACAUAUUUAAAUAAUGUUUUGUGCCUGGAGCCAGGGGUGGACUGACAACUCAUGGGGCCCCCAGGCAAUAGGGGAUCAUGGGGCCCCUGUGUCCUUGCCCAAACUCAAAAAAAGCCUAUGAAAAAGGUACCAGGGGCAUCUCAUGGGUCCCCCUACUGACCCCGGGCCCUCGGGCAGUGCCUGAGUUUCCAAAU